AUGAUUGCGCGGCCUGCAAUGGCGAGUUUGAGUUGUCGCAGCUGCCAGACCAGCCUGUUUCGAGCCGUUUUGGCUGCGGGCCGGCCUGUAAUUGCAGUAUCAGCGCAACGUCUGCUGUCUAGGCCAAAUUCCUCACUACACAUCCAGCAACGGAACCUGUCGACCACGAGACGUCACCGGAUCGAAGACGGCACAACAAAAGCUAUCGAUAAUGUAUCGAAUGAGACGAAACAGACCGACGAAGAAGACACGCCCUGGUUCCUGGACGAGGAGCCACCUCAGCAUCCGCCCAGCCAGCACCAGCAAACACUGCCUGUCGCCCCAGAAGGUGCGCCACUUGUCGUCGAGCCCAUGAUGAAGUACAUUUUCGAGGACAUGGGCUUGGAUGACCUCGCACUCUUUGACCUGCGAGAGCUUGACCCGCAUGCCGCACUUGGUCCAAAUCUCAUCAUGGUGUUUGGCACAGCGCGCAGCGAGAAGCAUCUCCAUGUUUCGGCCGGCCGCUUUGUGCGCUGGAUACGUAAACAUCACCAGUUCGAGGCCAAAGCUGACGGCCUCAUUGGCGCCGGGGAGCUGCGCACCAAGCUGCGCCGUCUGCGCAAAAAAGCCAAGCUCAUGGGCACUAACGCCAACAUCAUCCCCCGCGGCGACAAUGGCAUCUCCACUGGCUGGAUCUGCGUCAGCUUCAACACCGACGACGGCGUGUCGGACGCCGAUGCUAAUUUUGACGCAACGGGUCGCAUGGCUGGAUUCGACGCCGGUGCGGCCGGCACAACGAUCGUGGUUCAGUGUAUGACAGAGGCCCGGCGCCAGGAGCUCGACCUGGAGGCGCUGUGGGAGGGCAUGCUGAAGCGGAGCUUCAGAGACAACAGAAAGGUCCUCGGCCAGGAGCCGCUGUCCGCGGAAGAGCUAACGGACCAGGUGGCUUCCCGGCUGCAGCUGCCAGACGGCUACAACAAGGCCGCCCAGCAAUGGCAAGCCAUGGAAGAUGCCUCGCAGAAGCGAUACUUUUCCACAAGCGCACGGCGACUCACAACCGACAACACUACUACAGCGGACCCUCAGGCCACACAUCUGAACCUAGACUCGGUCGCAACGCAUAUCCAGGACUUUCAAGCCUCCGGCGCACCCAUGGACGCCCAAGACCUCGUCCAGCUCAUCCGCCACGUCUUCCAAGCCGGACCCCACGACCCCGACACCGCCCCUGAGCGGCUCAAGCUCGUCGACCAGCUGCUCCUCGCCGGCGAGGAGCGCGGCAUCGCGCUCCUGUCGGGCGAUAUCCUCAUCACGCUCAUCGAGUCGCUCGUAUCCUCCCCCGCGUACGGGCCGGCGCUGCAGCGCGCCCAGGCCAACAUUGAGUUCCUCCUCACCGAGCGGCGCAUCGCGCCCACCAACGACCAGGUGCAUCGGCUCAUGGUCGCGUACGCCCGGCACCAGGACUGGGACCGCUUCUGGGACGCCCUCCGCGUGCCCGCGCGCUUCCAGCAGCCGCGCAGCGCCGCCCUCUACGAGCUCGCCUACGCGACAGUCACCGCUACGGGAGACGCCCGGCUGUGCACCGAGGCCCUGCGCUGGCUGUACCUCGAGAUGGGUCGCGAGGAGCCGCCGGUGCUGCCAACGGGCAGCCUGUACGACGCGCUGCGCGCGUGCAUCCUGGUCGCGGACCCGGCGGCCGAGGAGCUGCUGCACCGUCCGCCGCCCGACAGCGAGAUGACGACGCUUGAGGCGCGCAACCUCGAGCGGCGCGAGUUUGUCACCAUGCUGCGGGACGUGGAGCGCAUCCGCGGGGAGCUGCAGACGGAAGAGGCCAGAGUGGAGAGGCAGAAUGCGCUGGAUGCCGAGAUUCGGAGCAGAUUCGAGGCGUAG